AUGGAAAACCAGAAAAAACUCCAAUAGACUUAAAACUUCAAGAAUUAAUGGAUCUACAACUAAAGUCUGGAAUAUUUCUUGAACUAUAUUUAUAUACAAAGGUACCUAUAAAAGGUCUGUACUCUCUCACUUAUAAAAUUGACUAUGGCCGUACUCAGUCAAAGUGGACAGAAUAAAUAUAAAAUCCAGUAUUCAAGAGCUGAGGUUUAACACUUGAAUACACGUAUGGUUAAAGCAAGCAAGAAGUAAUUCUAAUAUAGCAAAAAUUUAACAUUUAAAUAGGUUGUGGUAGAAAUAUUAGCUAAUCCUUCUGAAGUGGCUAAAGUCAAAAGGUCAUUCAACCAAUAAAUUCCAGCUAAUAUGCUAAAAGUAUAAGUGGCAUUUGACCUUCAUCAAUCAUUCUAAUAAAAUGUCCCUGUUACACCUAGCAGAAUAAUUCAUGAAUCAAUAAACUUUGAAGACAUUGAUAUUAGACUCCUUGUCAAAGAAAAGAAACUUGAUAAACUACAAAAGAUCAGAUUUUAAUCAGUAUUGAGACCUAAAUAGAUGAAGGCUUUGAUGAAUAGUCAUCUGUCAAUGAGAAUAUAUGAAUAUUAGUUUGAAUCAAAGAGGCUUAUUUAAGAUAUUUCAGAGGAGGCUACUUUAGACGAUAAAGGAUAAUUUUAUAAGUUUCCUGGCAUUUAAUUUACAACAGAUAUUCUAGAUGAAGGACCAGCAAUUAAUAAAACUAUUGUCAUAUAAGUAGUUGAAAGGUAUACAGAAAUAGUUAAAAAGACGAGAGAAUUUGUAAAGAAAGAAAGAUUAUUCGGAGAAAUCAAAAUAAGACUAAGAGAAAUGUUCGAGAGAGGAAGAUGCAGUUCGUUCGUUUUAAAUCUAGUUGAUGAAAAAGAAAAAAUAAAAGGAGAAUUAGAAAUGAGACACUGCUCUUUAAGAAAUUUUCAUACAUUCUUAGAUCUUCAUAUUAAAAACGGUUUAAAUCUAGUUCCUAUUAUCGCUGUUGAUUUCUCUCUAGCUAAUCUGACUUUUGAUGAGAACUAAUAUUGCAUUCAUACACUCAAAUAAGGGGCUCCAAAUGACUAUAUUGUAGGAUUAAGAAGAAUAGGAAGAUGUUUUAAGUAUUUUUCUAAGUUUAUGCUAUCUUAUGGAUUUGGGGCUAGAACAGUACAAGCAGGAGAUACUCCUGCAUGUAACCUAUUCGCAAUGACAGGUGAUAUUUUGGAUCCAUUUGUUUAGGAUGAUGAGGAGUUACUUAAUAGCUACGUAGGCACAAUAAAAUCAGUUUAAUUAGCACUCCCUGUGUGCUUUAAAGACAUUUUAAAAUUAGUUUGUGAUAUAGCUUAAAUGGAGUAUGGAACUGCAAGUGAUAUAAAAUAGAUUAAGAAUUAUUAUGUUUUGACUAUUCUCAUGGCAGGAGUUAUAGAUGAUUUUGAAGAUUCAUUGAAUCAGAUUUUAAGAGCUGCUCACUUACCUGUAUCAGUUAUUGUAAUUAAAGUUGGAGCAGUUUCUGAGGAAAACGAUUCAACUAAUCUAAUGAGUUUAGCUUCUAAGGCCUUCCAAGAAUGUGAAAGAAAGUUUAUUGACAUUUUAAGUUUUGAAAACUAUAAAAGAAAGGGAGAAACAACAUAAAUGCUUGGGUAAGUAUUUGAGUAUGAUUUGAUAAAAAACAUUCCCAAAUAAGUUGAAAAGUUCUUUGAAUUACAGUAAUUUGAUCUAGAAGCCCAGUUAGAAACUUCAAUAACUUAGGGGAUUGAAACAUAAGUAUCUACUGGAAGAAAAGGUUCUGGAGGAGGUUAAACAUAAUCGAACAAUACACUUACUGAACAUUAAGAUUCAUCAUAAUCUUCAGGCCUAUAAUCUGCAAAGUUCUUGGAUGAGCUUCAAAAUCUUGAAAAUUAAACCUUUGUGAUGGAAGAGGGAAAAGAGGAUGAGCCUAAAAGAGUAAGCAGUAGUCCUAUGAUUAUCUAGAUAAACAGUGGCUAAUGUGGGACAAUAGAAAAUUAUGAUUAUACUAAAAACAUCAAGCUUUAUGUUGAACAAGAGAAGUUAAGAUUAAUAUGCAAUGCCUCAAAAAUAGGAAUAACAGAGGAUUAAAUUGAAAAAUAUUUAUAAACCUCGAACAUAAAUGAUUUCUUCAUUGAAAAUCUAAAGGUAAGGCUUGGCAUAAAAGAUAAAAAGCCUGAGAGAAUAAAAAAACCAGUGAAUCAAUAGAAAUAAUAGUAGAGUCCUGUUCAGUAAGAUUUAGAAAACACAGUUAUCGCUUAGUAAAAUGCUAUGGUCCAAGAAUAAAGUCAAGAAGUUAUAAAAGAGGAUCCUGAGAAGGAAGAUCCCAUUGAUUAAAUAGACUCUAAUUAAACCGAUCAAAUUUAGCAAUAAAUUGAGUCUUGA